CCCUAUACCUUAACACUUUCUUCUUUCUCUCUUCAUUGCAAAUCCAUUUUUUUAAGAAUAAUUGGCAUGAUGAUCCAUGUUUUUCUGCUAUUUUCUCUCUGUCUUUCUGGUUUACAUAGAGUUAGCUCUUUAGGCAUCAAUUAUGGUCAAGUUGGCGACAAUUUGCCUCCACCCGACAAGGUUCUUGAUCUUUUGAGCUCCCUUCAGCUCACAAAAGCAAGAAUCUACGACACCAAUCCUCAUAUUUUAACAACAUUUGUCAACUCCAACAUUGAACUUAUCGUUACAGUUGAAAACCAAAUUUUACCCGUCGUAGUGGAUCCCCAGCAAGCACUUCAAUGGGUUACUACCCAUAUCAAGCCUUAUUUUCCGGCCACCAAGAUCACCGGCAUCGCCGUGGGAAACGAGAUCUUCACCGACGACGAUACGUCUCUGCUUGGAUAUCUUGUCCCCGCCAUAGUCAGUAUCCAUGGUGCUUUAGCUGAAAUAGGCCUAGAUAAGUACAUUCAGGUUUCGACGCCCAAUUCAUUAGCGAUUCUCGAGGAAUCAUACCCUCCUUCAGCCGGUAGUUUCAAGGGAGAGGUGUCGAGUGUCAUGUCACAGUUUUUGCAGUUUUUGUCGAGCACGGGUUCACCAUUUUGGAUCAAUGCCUACCCGUAUUUUGCUUACAAGGAUUCCCCGAACAAGAUAUCCUUGGACUAUGCUCUUUGCAACAAGAACCCAGGUAUGGUGGACCCUUACACCAAGCUGCACUACGACAACAUGUUAUACGCGCAGGUAGACGCCGUGGCUUAUGCCAUGUCUAGGUUGGGGUACGGUGGGAUCGAGGUGAGGGUUUCGGAGACGGGGUGGCCAUCGAAAGGGGAUGCUGAUGAGGUCGGCGCUACCGUCCAGAAUGCGGCUGCUUACAACAGGAAUCUGCUGAGAAGGCAGAUGAGUAAUGAAGGGACGCCUUUGAGACCAAAUAUGAGGUUGGAAGUGUAUUUGUUUGCUUUGUUCAAUGAAGAUUUGAAGCCCGGUCCGACAUCAGAAAGGAAUUACGGUCUCUUUCAACCUGAUGGAACCAUUGCUUACAAUGUGGGCCUCUCUGCUUUGGCAACACCUUCUUCAACAUCAUCCGCUUCCAUUUCUCUUACUUCAUCUGCCACCAAGGCCUCAAAGGUGGAAUACCAAAGCUUGGUGAACUGGAUGUUUGUUUGUUUUCUUAUUGUCCAAGUUUUUAUGAGAAGACAAUAAACAAAACGGUGACUUCACCCGAAUGCAAAUUAUUACAUUUGGUAAGGAAAUAAGAAUUGGGGUUUUCCCUUUUUAGGUCAUCUAUCAUUCCUGAAAGAACAGAAAAGACCAAAGGUAACCCCAAUCUUUUCACGAGCUAACUCAACAAACUGAGAAACUUUCUACAUAGCCGAUGAUGGUAUCAUGAGCAACCCUUUCAACAUACAAGUU